CAUCCACAUCCGACGGGGUUUACAGCGGCUGAUUUCACAGGUAUUUAGGAGCUUUGAGAAUUCGCCAAAAUGCCGCCAAGGCCCAGAGAGAAACAACCCCUGCCUUCGUUGCCCACUGGGCCCCUGAAUGAGUGCGAUGACAUCGUGACGGAUAAGAUCCCUCAAGACACCUACGAGCCGGAUGAUCGUCCUAUUGACAUCGUGUGGCGAAACGUCGUCGUCUUUGUAAUUCUGCACUCAGUGGCUCUUUAUGGACUUUACCUGUGCUUUAUCAGCGCCAUGUGGACCACCACCAUUUAUGGAAUUCUUCUGUAUCAGAUGAGCGCUUUUGGGAUCACCGGUGGGGCGCACAGACUAUGGGCGCACCGGUCGUACAAAGCGAAAUGGCCCCUCAAAGUGAUCCUGCUGAUAUGCCAGACCCUGGCUCAUCAAAACUCCGUAAUUGAAUGGUCGCGAGACCACAGGGUGCACCACAAAUUCCAAGAAACCGACGCCGAUCCGCACAACGCCAAACGCGGCUUCUUUUUCUCCCACAUGGGCUGGCUGCUGUGCAAGAAGCACCAGGAGGUGAAGAAUAAGGGCAAGGGCGUCGACAUGUCUGACCUGUAUGCCGAGCCUCUGCUAAGGUUGCAGCACAAAUACUUCUUGGUUCUUAUGCCUAUAGUUUGCUUUGUCCUGCCUACCAUUAUCCCGAUGCUUCUCUGGAACGAGACCUUUAUGAAUGCCUACUGCGUCAACAUUUUAAGAUACAUAUGCGCUUUGCAUGCCACGUGGCUUGUCAAUUCUGCUGCCCACAUGUGGGGUUCAAAACCUUAUGACAAAUUCAUCAACCCUGUGGAAAACCGCCUGGUUUCCUUCUUCGCUAUCGGCGAAGGCUGGCACAAUUAUCACCACACCUUCCCGUGGGACUACAAAGCAGCCGAGUUCGGCAGGAUCAACCUCUCUUUGACCAUCAUAAAUCUGUUUGCGAAAAUCGGCUGGGCUUACGAUCUGAAAACCGUGUCCAAGGAGAUGAUUGAAAAGAGAGUGACGCGAACUGGGGAUGGAAGCCACGAGAUUUGGGGCUGGGGCGACAAGGACCAGACCAAGGAGAACUACGAAUCCGCCGUCAUUUAUAACAAAAAGGACGAAUAAAUUGGAUCCUUUUCCUGGCUUUUAUUUUGUCAGGACUGUUUUGUUGAUCUGAGUAUGUUAUUAUACCCUUGAUUGGAGCAUCUCGGCUAGUUUUCCGAGGUUGAAGCUACGUUAUAGCAAUGUUAGUUUUUUGUUUCAAACAAAUUUGUAUCUAUGUCUAUGGAAUAUGGCUUUAAUUUUCAUUAAAAGGAGCUAAAGGGUGCAGAGGUUGUGCCGGCACCGCCGCAAGUCGAGACCCGACUGUUCUGACGUCACGAGGACCAUUCCGCUGUGGAUCUCACCGGCUCGGCCUACUCGUGAGGUCAGAGCAGUUGGGUCUUGACUUGCAGUGGUGCCGGUUGUGCACGCUUUCCGGUUUUUGUUAUAUAGCACCAUUAUUUAACUGAUGUGUGUGCAUGUUUCUAUUUAUUUCUUUAGCUGUAAUUCUAGGUGUCCGAAUGAAAGCGGACUGCAACUAUUAUCCAACAAACUUUGAAAGUAGAUUUGUGCUUAAAGUUAAUAAAUGUUGUUUUCUAA